GCGGCACCUGCGGGGCGGGACCGGGAGCGGGAGCGGACCCACCUGCGGCUCCUCGGCGGCAGCGCCCCGAUCCCUCCGGCCCCGCACCGGCACCGGCAGCCAGCCAUGGGGCGGUGGGGUGGCUGCCCGGCCCCGCUCUUCCUCCUCUUCCUCGUCCUGCUGCAGGCCGGCCGCCGGCGGUGCGAGCGGGCAGCGCCGUGCCAGCCCGGCUUCGCCACCGAGACCUUCGCCCUCGCCGUGCCGUGGGACAGCGUGGCGGCGGGACGGGUGCUGGGACGAGUGAGCUUUGCGGACUGCGGCGAGCGGCGGCAUGCCGCGUACCUCUCGGAUGACAGGCGCUUCAGGGUGAGCAGGAACGGUGUGGUCUCUGCGACCCGGCCCGUGCAGCUCCAGGGGCAGGACAUCAGCUUCUCCAUCCACACCUGGGAUGCCGCAGGCACGCGCCAUUCAGCCAGGGUGACCCUGCGCAGGCAGCAGCACCAUCACCGCCACCACCGGCAGCGGCAGGACGCGAUGCCCGAUGUGCUGAUCUUCCCCGAGCCUGGCCACGGCCUCCGGCGGCAGAAGAGGGACUGGGUCAUCCCCCCCAUCAACUGCCCCGAGAAUGAGCGGGGACCCUUCCCCAAGAAGCUGGUACAGAUCAAAUCCAACAAGGACAAGGAGACCAAGGUUUUCUACAGCAUCACGGGGCAGGGGGCGGACACCCCCCCCGUGGGUGUCUUCACCAUCGAGCGGGAGACGGGGUGGCUGAUGGUGACGAAGCCGCUGGACCGGGAGGAGAUCGAUAAAUACAUUCUCCUGUCCCACGCCGUGUCGGCCAGCGGGCAGCCCGUGGAGGACCCCAUGGAGAUCAUCAUCACCGUGACGGACCAGAACGACAACCGGCCCGUCUUCACCAAGCAAGUCUUCAUCGGCUACAUUGAGGAGAAUGCGAAGCCAGGCACGUCUGUGAUGACCGUGAACGCCACGGAUGCAGACGAUGGGGUCAAUGUGAACAACGGCAUCAUCGCCUACUCCAUCGUCAGCGAGGAGCCCAAAAGCGCACAACAGAUGUUCACAAUCAACCCGCAGAAGGGCAUCAUCAGCGUCAUUGGCACGGGGCUGGACCGGGAGACCACUCCCAACUACACGCUGAUCAUCCAGGCUGCGGACCAGGAGGGCACUGGCCUGACCACGACCGCCACCGCCAUUGUGGAAGUCACCGAUGCCAACGACAACCCUCCCAUCUUUGACCCCACCAUGUACGAGGGGACAGUAAACGAGAACGAGGUGGGGGUGGUGGUGGCCCGACUGCAUGUGACAGACCGGGACAUGCAGGGCUCCCCUGCCUGGCAAGCCGUCUACCGCAUCAAGAGUGGGGACCAGGACGGCGACUUCAGCAUCACCACCGACCCCAAAACCAAUGAUGGCAUCCUGAAAACUGCCAAGGGCCUGGAUUAUGAGACCAAGAACCGGUACAACCUCGUGGUGACAGUGGAGAAUGCCGUCCCCUUCACCGUGUCCCUGCCACUUUCCACGGCCAGUGUCCUUGUUAUGGUCGGAGACACGAAUGAAGCCCCCAUCUUCGUGCCCCCAGUCAAGAAGGUGGAGGUGAUGGAGGACCUGCCACUGGGGCAUCAGGUCACCUCCUACACGGCCCAGGACCCAGACAAGGAUCAGAGGCAGAAAAUCACGUACCGCAUGGGUAGCGACCCCGCGGGGUGGCUGGCCAUCGACCCCGAGAACGGCAUCGUCACAGCAGCCCAGCCGCUGGACCGGGAGUCAGUGCACGCCAUCAACAGCACCUACAAGGCCAUCGUCCUGGCUGUAGACAGUGGGUCGCCGUAUGCCACCGGCACGGGGACGCUGCUCCUCCUCCUCCAGGACGUGAACGACAACGGGCCCAUGCCGGAGCCCCGGAAAUUUGACAUCUGCAACCAGCAGCCCGAGGAGCAGAUGCUGAACAUCAUUGACAAAGACCUGCCGCCCAACACCUACCCCUUCCAGGCAGCGCUGGAGCACGGCUCCGGCACCAACUGGACCGUCGGGCUGUCCGGACAAGACCUGGUGGUCCUGAAACCGAAGAAGGAGCUGGAGCCAGGGGACUACAGCAUCUUCCUGAAGCUGACGGACGGGCAGGGCAAGGCGCAGGUGACGCUGAUCAAAGCCCAGGUGUGCGACUGUGAAGGGCCGGUCAAAAACUGCGUGCGGCGAGCGAUGAUCGCUGACAGCCUGGGUGUCCCGGCCAUCCUGGGCAUCCUGGGGGGCAUCCUGGCGUUGCUGAUCCUGCUGCUGCUGCUCUUGCUCCUCGCCAAGCGGAGGAAGGUGGUGAAGGAGCCGCUGCUCCCGCCCGAGGAUGACAUGCGGGACAACGUCUACCACUACGACGAGGAGGGCGGCGGCGAGGAGGACCAGGACUAUGACCUGAGCCAGCUGCACCGGGGCCUGGAUGCCCGCCCUGAGGUGAUCCGCAAUGAUGUGGCCCCCCCGCUGAUGGCUGCCCCCCAGUACCGGCCCCGGCCCGCCAACCCCGACGAGAUCGGAAACUUCAUCGAUGAGAACCUGAAGGCGGCCGACACAGACCCCACGGCCCCCCCUUACGACUCCCUGCUGGUGUUCGACUACGAGGGCAGCGGCUCAGAGGCCACCUCGCUCAGCUCCCUCAACUCCUCCGCCUCCGACCGCGACCAGGACUACGACUACCUCAACGACUGGGGCAGCCGCUUCAAGAAGCUGGCGGACCUCUACGGCGGCGGGGAGGAGGACGACUAGCACCCCCCUACCCCAGCACCCCCCUGGCCGGCAGCCGCCUGGUGCAGGUGGCUUCACCUCAUUUCACCCCACUGGAAUCACGUUGGCUUUCACCGAGGGGGUGGCCAAACCCCCCCCUGCAACACCCCUUCAACCUGGUGUCCAUGUCCCCCUCCUCCAGCACAGGGGAAGCUCGGGGUCACCGGGGAUGGGGGGGGGGUGGUUUCUGGGGUGCCUGUGUGCUUCCUGGCCCCCCCUUGGCUCCAGGCAGGGCAUGGAGCCAUUCGGUCCCUUCCCCAUGCUGAGGCUGAGGCACUCCUGGCUGCACGGGCCAGGAUCAGCUCCUCUUCCCUGGUGGGGACAGGCUCCCGCCGCCUCCCUCCCUUUGCCGUAGGGGGAAGGGGUUUCUUUGGUGUUCUCCAAAAUACCUCGUGCCCCCAGCCCUGACACAACCACCAACCUGCUGCCGCAUUCGGCUUGUGAACCCAGCGCCGGAGAAGUGGGGCGGCCCCGGCACCGCGCCUCCGCUGGAGCGGGGCGAAGUGAUCGAUAAAACACAGACCAAAGAUGUGCCAUCAUGAACUAUAUGGGAGGGAAUUAUAUUUGAUAGAGUACUUUUCAGGCAGAUUUCUAUUUUUCUGUGUCCCAGAUUAUGAUAUGGUUUCCUUCUGUGUCGUGCCAGGUGUAAUUAUUGUGCAGUCAAUGAAAGGCGCUUGUGGAAAUCAAACCGAUUUACUGAAAUUCUGAACUCUGUGUUUAGCUGUUGUCGGGAUUUGUAUUUUUUUAUCAUGGGAAAAGGGUCUGAUGUGGGCUGGGAAACCAGCAAUAGUCUAGCGUUAAUUGACUGUAUGCGUUUUAUAUAAAAUUGAAAUAAUAAAUUGUUUUAAGAAAACUAAAA